AUUUAAUUUUGUGGAAAAUGUCGUAUCCACACCCUUUUUUAAACUACCACUAACUUCUGUUUAUUUCUCAUUUCCAAGUUAUACAAAUUCUCAUAUUUCUUCUCCAAAAUUAUUAAUUUACUAGCAAUAAAAGAAUUCAUAUUUUGCACCAAAGAUUUAGGCAUGGCUGAUUCAUUAACAGAAGACCAAAUUUCCGAGUUUCGUCAAGCCUUUUGGGUUAUCGACAAGGAUUGUGAUGGGGUAAUAAGAAUAGAGGAACUUGCGUCAGUAAUUCAAUCUUUACAUGAAAAUCCAACAAGGGAAGAGAUACAAGAAAUGAUAAACGAAGUGGAUCCUGAUGGUGAUGGUACUAUUGAUUUUGAAGAUUUUUUGAAUAUCAUGGCUAAAAAGCUCAAGGACAAUGUAACGGAGGAGCUAAAAGAAGCAUUCAAAGUAUUUGAUCGCGAUCAAGAUGGAUUUAUUUCUGCUAAUGAGUUAAGAAAUGUGAUGAUGAAUUUGGGGGAAAGAUUGACAGAGGAAGAAGCCCAACAGAUGAUUAGAGAGGCAGAUCUUGAUGGAGAUGGACUCGUAAGCUAUGACGAAUUUGUUAAAAUUAUGAUUAUUUAGUCCCUUUUUUUUUUUAAUUUACUUAUAGAUAAUUAAACAGCUCAAUUUAAUUUCUACCGUUUAAUGAGUAUUAAAUAUAUAAAUAAACCUCUUGAGGGUGUUAA